AUGAUCACAACCUCAACCGCCAACAUCAUGUGUGGUAGCUACUACGGAAACUAUUAUGGAGGCUGCGGCUACGGGGGCUGUGGCUAUGGAGGCUGCGGUUAUGGAGGCUGUGGCUACAGAGGCUGUGGCUAUGGAGGCUGCGGCUACAGAGGCUGUGGCUAUGGAGGCCUGGGCUGUGGCUAUGGCUCUUGCUAUGGCUGUGGCUUCCGCAGACUAGGCUAUGGCUAUGGAUGUGGCUCUGGCUGUGGCUACUGGUAAUGAGCACCCCAUGGGGGGACUCUCACCCUCUACGCCUGCAUGUGGCAUUCACCAAAUCUGAGCCCCACGCGAUCUGACCUUUGCUGAAGGCUUGCCUUCUGGUGCCCUUUUGGUCAAAUACAGAAUUAUCAUUCCUGUAUUCAACUCAUGAAAACUGGGAGCAUUUGAAAUUCACCCUGAGCACUGCGUGGUUCCUCAUUGCCUUGAUGCAGUCACAGAUUCUCCGUUUCGAUUUUCGUGCAAGAACUAUUUCUCUGUUUUCUUAAUAAACUUAUUCGGUCUGAAAUAAUAAACCUAGCUUUCCGUUCA